UUGAAUAAACACAAAGGCAUCAGCUUUUGUUGAUGGAAGACGAUUGGACAAAGAUUCCAUUUGGCGUAAAGCAAUUGGAUAAUAAAUGCAAAAGGGAAGGGAAAGUUGUGAGAGAAAAUCAAAAGAAUCAAUUCCCUUUUCUACGAGAAAGCGGGAGAUUAAAGAUUUUUUUUUGUUUUAAUUUUUAUUUCUUGUUUCUCACAGGGCGCCUCCAUUUCCUGAUCUCUCGUCCUGCCCAUUUCCUCUGCGACUAGAAAUCAGAUUUUCCGGCGAGUUGAUUGGUUUCUGCUACAAAAUUUUGAUCGUAUUUUGAGGAAAUGAGGUAUAUUGGUGCACAUGGUGUUGCAACAUUGCACAGAUAUAAGUACAGUGGUGUUGAUCACUCUUACGUUGCCAAAUAUGUACUGCAACCCUUUUGGAGUCGCUUCGUCAAUUUCUUUCCACUAUGGAUGCCUCCGAACAUGAUAACACUUGUGGGAUUUAUGUUUUUGAUCACAUCAGCAGUUCUUGGUUAUAUAUAUUCUCCUCAUUUGGAUUCAGCUCCCCCAAGGUGGGUUCAUUUUGCGCAUGGAUUGCUUUUAUUUCUUUAUCAGACUUUUGAUGCUGUUGAUGGGAAGCAAGCACGGAGGACAAAUUCCUCAAGUCCACUGGGAGAACUUUUUGACCACGGAUGCGAUGCACUUGCGUGCGCGUUUGAAACCUUAGCAUUUGGGAGCACCGCCAUGUGCGGAAGAUCUUCAUUCUGGUUCUGGGUACUUUCAGCUGUUCCCUUUUAUGGUGCAACAUGGGAACACUUCUUCACCAAUACUCUAGUUCUUCCUGUUGUAAAUGGACCUACUGAGGGUCUCAUGCUGAUUUAUUUAUGCCAUUUUUUCACAACCUUUGUGGGUGCUGGGUGGUGGGCUCAACAGUUUGGGAAGUCCAUACCAAUUUUUAGUUGGGUUCCCUUUUUCCAUGAUAUCCCUACAUUCAAGGCUGCACUGAUUUUGUUGGCUGCUUUCGGUGUCAUUCCUACAGUAGCAUUCAAUGUGUACAAUGUUUACAAGGUUGUUCAGGCAAGAAAAGGAAACAUGCUAUUAGCAUUAGCGAUGCUUUACCCAUUUGUAGUACUUGUCGGAGGAGUCUUAAUAUGGGAUUACUUGUCACCUUCUGACAUUAUUGGAAGCUAUCCGCAUCUGGUUAUAACUGGAACUGGACUUGCUUUUGGAUUCUUAGUGGGUAGAAUGAUUCUAGCUCACCUUUGUGAUGAACCCAAGGGCUUGAAAACUGGAAUGUGCAUGUCACUAUUAUUUCUUCCUCUUGCCAUCGCAAACGUUCUCACAGCAAGGCUUAACGACGGGGUACCUUUAGUUGAUGAAAGUCUGGUUGUUCUUGGUUAUUGUCUUUUUACUGCUGCUCUGUAUUUGCAUUUUGCAACUUCAGUCAUUCAUGAGAUCACCACUGCCUUGGGAAUCUAUUGCUUCAGGAUAACCAGGAAAGAGGCUUAAAGUUGGCUGCAGUUUUGUUUAGGCCAACUGGAAGGAAGUUGAAUGAUGCAGCUGCAAAUGUUCAUCAUUAUCAAAACAACAACAAUUCUGCAUCAUUGAGAUUUUGAUUGAUAUCAUUUUUUGGAUGAAUUUGAGGAUAGUUUUGAAUCCAGUAGUGAGUGAGUGAGUGAUUGUUAUUCAGUUCAUCCCAUACUCUGACUGAUGAUCUUAGGCAAUCUGACAUUCUGAAUAUUCUCUCUAGAAAACCAUGUUGUAGUUGAUUCUUUCUUAUUGUAGCCUUGGAUUGAUGAAUUGUUGAUGUUAUAUCAUGAAUAAUUUAAUCUUCAUUGCUAAUGUC